GGCCUGGGGGAGGGGCGUGGCGCGCGGUAGGAACCCCACGGGCCUCGGUUCCAACGACCCCCUGGGUAGAGAGUGGAAGGGAGGGAAGAGGUGGGAGACCCGGCCUCCUUCGCUGGCCUCCUCCUCAGCCGCCCACUGCCCGGCCCCAUGGUCCCCGCCGCCGGCGCGCUGCUCUGGGCCCUGCUGCUGAGUCUGGGGCCCCGGGUGGCGGGGGCCCAAGGCCUGACUUCCACCGAGUCGCAGCGGGUAAGUUUCCGCUCCGGGGUCCCGAUGUCCCGCAACUACCGGACCACCCCCCGGACCGGCGCUCCCAAGAAGAUGAGGGUAACAAUGGAGGACGAGGAUGACCUCGUGGCCCGUGCCGACCGCCUGGCAGGCCCGGCCGCGGCCGAGCUUUUGGCCUCCACAGUGGCCACAGGCGUCAGAAAGUCAAUUGUGUCAUCGCCGGAGGAAGAUGAGUCUUUGGAAGAGGGGGUUGUGAUCAACGCCAGAAAGAGUAAUGUGAGCGGAGAGUCUCUCCGAGCGACUUCCAAUACGGCGAGGAUGCCCAACCCGAGGUUUAAAGCAAAUACCCAGGAGCCCGAGAUCAGGAUGUCUUCUUCAGACCAGCGGGCCAACACGUGGAUGUCCACUGAGGACUUGGUUCAUCCCGAGAGUACCAUGAGCCAGUGGUCAACAGCAGGGUCCACCCCGAGACCGUGGCCACACCCCUCACCAACAGCCAUGCCGCCAGCAGAGGACCUGCGGCUGGUUCUCAUGCCCUGGGGCCCAUGGCACUGCCACUGCAGGUCAGGCACCAUGAGCCGGUCCAGGGCAGGCAGGCUGCAAGGCCUUUCCGGGCGCCUUCGAGUUGGAGCACUGAGCCAACUCCACACAGAGCACCGGCCUUGUACCUACCAGCAGUGUCCCUGCAACCGGCUUAGGGAGGAGUGCCCUCUGGACACUGGUCUCUGCCCUGACACCAGCUGCACCACUCAGACCACCACUCAGACCACCACCACUACCACCACCACUACCACUCCCAUACCGCCCCUCAGCUCUAGACUCAGACCCACCCCCUUCCUCUUCUUUGGCCCCAGCCCCAGCCCCAGCCCCAGUCCAGCCCUUGCUUUUUGGAGACGAGUCCGGAUCGGGCUGGAGGAUAUUUGGAACAGUCUGUCUUCAGUGUUCACAGAGAUGCAACCACUAGAGAGAAACCGCAGGUAAUGGCCACUUCGUCCUCAAGAGAAGGUGUCAGCAUCUCAACCUCCCCACCCUUUCAAUCCCAGAACCUACUGGAUAUUUUUAGUACAGAAAAAAUUAGAAAAAAUA